AUGGUUGAUAAGGAAACUUCAGCGGAUUCCAGCCCUUGGUCCCCUCAACACGCCUAUCAGGAAAUCAGAAACCACACAAGCAUCUCCGACUUCCUGCUCCUGGGCUUCUCUGACCACCCAGAGCAGCAGCCUCUCCUGUUCGGGCUCUUCCUGGGCAUGUACCUGGUCACCGUGUUGGGGAACCUGCUCAUCAUCUUGGCCAUAGUUUCUGACCAGCGCCUCCACACCCCCAUGUACUUCUUCCUGGCCAACCUGGCCCUCAUUGAUACCUGCCUCUCCUGCACCAUUGUCCCCAAGGUGCUGGUGAACACCCUUACUCAGCACCACACCAUCACUUACACUGGCUGCCUUGCACAGAUGUACUUCUUCAUGGCAUUGGCCCUGCUGGAUGACUUCCUGCUGGCCGUGAUGGCAUAUGACCGCUACGUGGCCAUCUGCCUUCCUCUCCACUACACCACCAUCAUGUGUCCCCAACGCUGCCUGCUGCUGGUUGCCGCAUCCUGGCUCUGCGCCCACCUCCUGGCCUUCUCACUCACCCUCCUCAUGACUCAUCUCUCCUUCUGUGCCUCCCAUUCCAUCCCACACUUUUUCUGUGACCUUCUCCCUGUCCUCAAACUUGCCUGCUCGGACACCCAGAUCUUUCAGGUCAUGAUGUUUGCUGAAGCAGCCCUCGCAGGUGUGGUCCCUCUCGCCUGUGUCCUGGUCUCUUAUGCCCACAUCAUGCACACCAUCCUCAGGGUCUCCUCAGCUGGGGGGAAGCACAAACUCUUCUCAACCUGUGGCUCUCACCUGACAGUAGUCACUCUUUUCUAUGGAACUGUCUUUCUUGUGUAUUUCCAGCCCUCUUCCUCCUACUCAGCAGGCACUGGAAUGAUGGCAUCUGUGGUGUACACAAUGGUCACCCCCAUGCUAAACCCGUUCAUCUACAGCCUGAGGAACAGAGACAUGAAGGGGGCUCUGUGGAGACUCCUUGCCUGCAGAAGAUGUUGCAUCUUAUAA